UGUGUGGGCAGACUAGAACGUUAUGGCCGGACUGAACCCACGUCACACGUUUCUGAGACGACUGAGCAGCAGGAAUACGAGCAGUCUAUUCUGCAUAAGCACUAUCCCGAGCAGGGUAUGAGACAUGAUGGACAACAACCCGAAGAUGAUGGGCCGGAAGCCGAGGACGAGGACGAGGACACCUCCGCUCACAUGGCUGACACGGAUAUCGGCUCUGGUGUCAAAGGCAAGUUCAAAACUUUCUGGGAGAAGAAAGUCGUGCCCGCAUUCCCAGAGGCUAUCGCCGACGUAGCCAUCAUCAAGUCUGCUCUCAAAGUCGAGGCAACAAUCACGAAGGAUAUCAAAAACAUGACCAAGCAUCCAGAGGUGAAUAAGAUCGCAGUGGUGAGACGUGGCUUUGAGCUAUCGCCAGAAGAACUGAAGUUUCGCGAACUCCGAAAAGUCAAGGCCUGGAACGCUUUUUGUCGGUAUAUGGACCUCAAUCCUAGGGAUGUGCAUGUCGACGAUGUACCUAUUGUGGCUUUCGGUGGAUCCGGAGGCGGAUUCAGGGCGAUGAUUGGUAUGCUGGGAUACUCCGAAGCAAUGAGGCGUACAGGCCUGUGGGAUGUCUUGACAUAUGUCUCUGGUGUCAGUGGCAGCUGUUGGAGUCUUGCAGCGUAUUACACCUGGGCUGGCGCAAGUAUGGAGAGAGUCAUUGAACAUUGCAGGAGAAGGCUAAGCCCUUACCAUCCGCUAUCACCUGAAGCUAUCAGGGAAGUCUUACAAGCACCGGGAGGUCCCUCGAAGACGUUGGGACCGGUUGUGCAGAAGCGGCACAGCGGGCUUCAUACGGUGGCUAUGGACCUAUACUCGGUAUUCACCACAGGCCACCUGUUUCUACUGCACGAUCCUAGCCUGGAUCCUCCGAAGAAUACCAAUGUCAAAAACGAAGUUGCAGGAUACCAUGACCAGUGGUACAAGUGGACCUCGGCCAUGAAAUUCAUCCAAGAUGGGAGAGAACCGUUUCCCAUCUUGACUGCCAUCCGGCACGAAAGACCUUGGAAAGACUGGGCAGACAAGGAGCAUCCAUUCAAGGACGCAAAUCCCCAUGCAAAAGAGCAAGAAGAGGCUGAGGACGCUUGGUUCAAUUGGUUCGAGCUUACGCCGGUAGAGGUAGGUUGUGACGAACUCGAGGCAUGGGUACCGACGUGGGCAUUCGGGAGACCCUUCGAACAGGGCAGGGAUGUCAUGCAGCUUCCCGAACAGUCGCUCGCGUUGUUGCUGGGGCUUUGCACGAGUGCCCCUGCAGGGCCUUUGACGUCCUACCUCGCGACUAUCAAGAGAAGUCUUCCUCCAGGAUUCAUUGGCAACUCCAUCAAAGAUGUGGCGAAAGGAGUCGCGCAUAUGUGGGGUCAGAAAGGUACCGAAGAGUUCCAAGCUCACCACCCUCUACACGCGGUCAAUGAACACAACUUUAUGUUCCACCUGACAAGGCCGGCGAACCCCUCAGAACCAUCGCCCCCGGGAAUUGAGAAUUCGCCUCGAAUACAUCUUAUUGACUCGGGAAUGGACAACAAUUGCCCAACGUACGUGAUGAUGCAUCCGCGUCGGUAUGUGGAUGUGAUGAUCAACAUGGAUGCUUCGAGCGAUGUGUUGAAAGACACAUUUCAAGAAAGGGUAGACCAGAUUGCUGGCCGCAGGAGCUUGAAGUUCACCAAAAGGCACCCGGAAUUUAAGCCAGGUGAUGAUCCCAAGGAUCCUGCCCGAUACAACGGACUCUAUGCACAGAUAUAUGAUGGCAGGAUCCUGGUUGAUCGACCUGAAAAGGUCGUUGACUCGUACGGUAAUACGGUGAUCAACCCACCAGCACGUCCUUGUUUGCAUGAAUCGACUAUGAUAUACAUGCCACUGUUACCGAAUCAGGGCGCUGUGCAUGAUUUCGAUCCUUCUACCGCGAAGUUUUCGGGAUCGUAUAACCUCGUCUGGACACGGGAGCAGGUUGACAUGCUGGUCACGGUGUGUCUGGCAAACUUUGCCGCUGGCGAAGAUACCAUCAAGAAUGUGCUUCGAGAGGCAUGGCUGAAAAAGAAGGCCAAUAGAGAGGCAGCCAGCGAUAGUGCUCGUCCGUCAUAUGUUGGUGGACGUGCUCCAGCCAGAGAUAUCUCCUCCCUGCCGUAUGUUGGCGGACGGGCUCCCGUGUACCAGUCAUAAUAAUACACGAGUAUUGUGUCCACAGUGGUCGAAUGCUCGAUAUUGUCCAUGGUCAGCUGUAAGUCAACGUCCACAAAAUCCAAAUGCAACGGUGUUUCGUGUGAUUGGUGGCUGCUUACCACACCUCAGGAUCGGGUGGUGAGGCUGAAUCCGAGUCUCCCUCAGCUGACAUGACAUCUGCUUGCCGAAUU